UACAAUUUUGAAUCUCUUAUCUUUCUCUCUCUCCACAACUACCAGACUCAUAUGACUGUAAAAGCAAGAGAGAGAGAAGAGAAAGAAAAAAAAACAGAUACACUUAAAGAAUGAAAUAAAGAGGAAAAAAGCUAGUCAAUUGUUUAACUCACACUCUCUUCAUCUCUCUCCUCUCUCAAAUGCUCUAAAAUUGGCAUUGGGCAGAUGAAAAAAAUCUUCAUCUUAUUCUAUAUCUGUUGGCCAUCUCUUCUCAAUCAUUCACUCACUCACUCACUCUUCAUCUUCUUCUGUUUCAUGCAAGAUCCAAAGAGCUCACCUGCAAGAAAACCCUGGUACCAGCGAGCAAUGGCGGUGGCGAGGUUCGCCGCAAACUGGAAAACCAUCCCAAAGUCGCCACCGGAGAUAACACGUCCGUCGCGGAACCCUAGCGUCAACAAAUCAUCGAGCAACCAUCAACAGCUGAGGAAAUGCACUUCUCUCAAGGUAGCCGCGAACUCCUUCACUAGGGUUUGUCUCUGCGCUCCUAUCGGUCCUUACGACGACGUGUUCCGAAACUACGUCCCGCCGAGACGAAGCUCGAGCUACCCUCCGUCGAAGCCUCUUCCUACGGUGACGGAGACGGCGAUGGUGACGCCUGCGGCGAGGAUGAGUGUGGACUCAGGGAGGAGGAUAUUUAGAGGGAAGUCGUUGAAGGAGAACGCGUUGAUGAGGAGGUUUGUGGCGGCGGAGGAAGAGGCGAUGAUGGAGAGUAGAAGGAGAGAUGAGAUGGAGAUUGUGAGGAAGAGGUAUCAGAUGAGGAAGAAGAAGAAGCUUGGACCUAGUCCUCUUAGUCGCAUGGUUAUUGCUGAAGAAGAUCAACAAGCUUUUCAUCAAUGAUUAAACUUUUAAUCAAAAACAGAGGAACACAAAAUGUUCUUUUUUUUUGUAAUUGUGUUUUUUUUUGUGAACUAAGAGAUAAUUAAUUACCUGUUUGGUCCGGUUUAAUUAAUUUGAUUAGUUUCUUAAUGA